AGCACUCUGACUCUUCAUCGUUCAACUACCAUGUCCCUCGGAAAAGACACAGACUCAUUCAAGCGCGUCCUCCAUCGUCAAAACUAUUCUUCAUGGCACUCGCAACCUGCUCCGCUUAACUCUUCUGCCGGCUCUAUCUCUACGCCUGCGCCUGCGCCCGCGCCCACGACUGCACCCUACAAGAAACGGCCGAAGACUAAUAUCGUGUAUUCACAGCCAGCGGAUACGGGGACGGGGACGAAUGUGAAUACGCAACUUGUGUAUGCUAUUGAUCAUCUAAAGUACGCAUUACUUUUCAUCUCGACGCAUAACCCUAUGCGUCUUCAGGACAUUGCCAUUGUCACGAACACGCCGCUAGAGACUGACAUGGUCCUCCUCGAGAAAUUCAAGUCGCACGAUAGGAUUCUUUGGGAUCCGAAGACUGAUCUUUAUUCGUACCGACACGAAUUCAGUUUUCGAAACAAGGCUGCGCUGCUGACGGAGAUCCAGCGGCAGACGCGGAAAGGCGGUGGGAUACCCGUGCGCGCACUCAAGGAGUCUUGGAAGGAGGCACCGCAGGCUAUUGAGGAGCUGGAGAAGGAGGGAGAGGUGCUUGUUACGAGAACUGUGAAGGAUGGUCAGUUGCGGAUGGUAUUUUGGAAUGAAAUCAAGCCGGAUGAUGAGAGUGGGGGAAAGCAAGUCGAGAAGGAGUUUUUUGAUCUGUGGCAUUCGUUGAAAGUGCCGAAUGAUGUUGAUCUAUUGAAAGCGUUGCGUGCUGAGGGGCUGCAGGCUACUGCGGAAGAGAUGCCGAUCCCGAAAGCACCGUCGAACAUGAAGAAGAAGGGAAAGCGCUCGGCACCACGACAGAGACAAGCGAAGAUUACGAACACGCAUUUGAAGGGAGAGAUCGAUCUUUCGCGAGAUUAUGAGAGGAAAUGAUCCGAGUACAUGCGAUUUCAUGUUUCUAAGGAUCUUCAUCUGCACGGUGUCGUGGGCGGGCGGGCGUAUCUUUCGUUCUAUGGCGAUUCGAGCCACUUUUGCGUACUUCCGUCCAACCUCACCCCGCAGCUGUCCCUUUCGAGAACCAUCCAGGCGGUGGUGUUUCCAUCCCGACAGUUUCAGAUGAAAUAUUGUCCUUUGUAGAAGGCGCAGUCUUUUCACUACCGACU